CAGAUUUAAUGGGAGGAGCACUGGCUCCUACACGUAGGGAUUUUUCCUGUGACGAAGAACUUUGGGAUAAGCCAUGUGGGGGAUUUCCCUCUCUACCUCCAGAAAUACCACUCUAGAAGCUGUAGCACUUUCACUUUGCUUUCACAGUCCACCGGGUGCAGAGGCACGUUGUUGCUGCUUUCUGUUUUGAAGCAGUAAAAGCCAUGUCUUUGGUAUUCUACACUCUACCCAUCAUUCUGAGCAAUGUUUGGUGCUUAAUCUGUGGGGCUUCUGUGCCUGUCUCAGACAUUGCUGUGAGAUGUGCUGAAGAAGCGCUGCUGCCCUGUGAAGCUCUUCGGGACACCUCAAUCACCUACCAGAGAGUGGCUUGGUAUAAAAUGGCUGGAGAAGGUGAAGAAAUAGCAUGGAAAGUCCUUGAUGUGGAAUCUCAAUAUCCAAAAGAACUUGGAAGGUCCCUGGGGCUCUCCAAUGACACCUUUUCACUGAGGAUCAAAAAUGUGACCAGCCAAAACAGCGGGACAUAUAAGUGCACUUUGAGGGAGCAGAGAGGAGAAAACAUUCUCAGCAGCACAGUCACAUUAAAAGUAACAGGUUGUGCUGGAAUAGAAGAUGAAAAAUUAAAAAAACACAAAGCUGAGCUUUUCAUGCUGACUUGCCUUGGGAUUUUUUACUUGAUGCUCAUCUUUUUCACCUGUAUGUGUCUAAGAAAAGAGAGCCUAUCUUCCAGUAGUCAAAAACCCAGACCAGAUAUGCAGCACAUGCUCACCCUCAUCAAUGUGCAUGAAAUGACAACUUUCCAGGCUUUAAACAGCAACAGCACUUGCAAAAAUGAGCUUGCUUCAGGUUCUGUCUAAGUUGAUGCGGACAGGACCGUGGGCUCAUCAGUAAACACAACAUAAGCUGGGUGGCUGAGUAGUAUGAAGAGGAAAUAAAUGAUAAUAUACAGCCUCUUCAGAACAGCCUGAAGGUAUCAGAAACCUGUCAGUGACUCUGCUUGUGCUGGACAAGCCUUCAACAAUGUUAUGCACUACAGUAACUUUGGGGAGUUAGGUGGCUAAGAAAUACCAUUAGAGCUACACAAUGCUGUUAUAACGCUGUUACGAAGUUGGUACCAACUUUAUUUCACUCUGCUGUGCAGCUCUUUUGCUGUGAGCAAGAACAGACCUGUGACAUGAAGACUAAGUUGUAGGGAAGCCAUGGUAGUACAAAGCUGGCAGAUUAAGCUCUCCACUGAACUAAUAGCUCACAUCUUUCAGAAGUAAACAGAAGAGGUGCUGCAGUAUGAAAAGAUAAGUGUGCAGGGCUUUUUAUUCUCUGAGCCUGAUUCUGGAUGUAGUACCUUUACUGCAAAUGGGAUGUAACUUGUCAUGUGAUGUUCAAGUAAGCUGAAGAGGUUACUUCAUGAUCUUGUCCUGGGUGGAUCAAAUGAACAUUCACUUUAGAAUCUGAGUGACAGGCUGAAAUGUAAGAAGGGGGAAAAUACUCUGGAAAUCUUUCUGGACUGAGAGAAACUUUCUAUUUAUCUCUGCAAGAGAAACAGGGACACAGUUCCCAGAGGCAUCUCUAGAUAGGUCAAACCAUAGGAAGCUUCAACAAGACUGCUGAAAUUGUUGAAAGACCUUGAAACAACAAAGAGAAGAGUGAAGAAGCCUAUGAUGUUAAGGAAAUGUAAAGAUGACUCAUUUUGUGGUUCGUAAACACGAAGCCAAAUGUAUGUGACACCUAUGUCAGUCAAGUUACACAAGUGAUGACCAUAGCCAUGGCUUGGAAGAAAUAAAUCAUCCAUAUCUUUAGGUUGUAUUAAGUCAGUCAUGGAAUACAGGAUUUGAAGAUGGGACAUAUAAACACUUACUUUUGGUGCUGACAAUGUGUAUGUAUGAGAAAUGAGGACAUGAGAAAAGCUGAACUCAAGAAGACAAUACAAGGCUUGUUCUCUUUGACCAAAGAAAGCAAGAGGAACUCUGGAGUCUGAAAUCAAGGCGCCUCCCUUAUCAGGCUGUUGGUGCAGAAGGUGAAGCAAGGAGUCUGGAGUGACUGCGACUGAUUAUGCCACAUCAGAAUUUGAGCCAAAACAUGAGAAUUUGCAAGCACUUAAGAACAUAAUAAAUAAAUAAAAAAAAAAAAUAAAGCCUUCAAGAGCUAAACUGCAGCUUUAGGAUUUUUAAUACAGUUUGGAAUUCCAGAUUGUUGACAAGGAGGCUCUUUGUGUAAUUCUUUGACUAGUUUUGAGAAGCUGAUGGGAAAAAAAGCACUGUGGAUCACUCAGUAUUACCUCUGUGAGCAGGCCUUAAGGGGGCUCCUGACCAGAAGAUUGCUUACAAGGGAUAUGCAAUUAAAGCAUGGUAAAUGAAUGCCACGUUUGCUUUUAUAUAAUCCACUUUUACAUAUAAAUAUGUAUAACAUACUUAAAAAUUCAGAAGUAACCUAGCAUUUGUUUUUGUGCACCACAU